AUGACAAGGUUCAUACUGCCCAGGGCCUUUCGAUCGCGGAUAGCGCCCUACCAGGCACUGUCCAAGUACGGCACCAGCGGGAAUGUAGCACCUUUCUCGAGUUCGGCUCGGCAUCUGUCGUACGAGGAUACGAUCGAGAACCUCAAGAUUGGCAAGCACACGCGUGUGCUCUACCAGGGUUUUACCGGGCGCCAGGCGACGAUGAACGCCCAGGAGUCGAUAGACUAUGGCACAAACGUCGUAGGCGGCGUAAAGCCCGGUUUCGAGGGCGAGCACCUGGGUCUACCCGUCUUGCCGAGUGUCAGAGCAGCCGUGGAGAAGCUCAAGCCUGACGCCAGUGCUAUCUACGUGCCGGGAAAUGGUACCGUGGCGGCCAUGGAAGAGGCCAUUGAGAACGAGAUCCCGCUCAUUGUCGCUGUUGCCGAGCACAUUCCCAUUCACGACAUCAUGAGGAUACACCAGAUGCUCCGGACUCAAUCCAAGACACGGUUGGUGGGCGCCAACUGCCCGGGGAUCAUCAACACCCAUGGACGAUGCCGUCUGGGUUUUCAGCCCUUGCCGUUCUUCAAGGAAGGCAACAUCGGCAUCGUGGCCAAAUCAGGCACCCUCAGCUACGAGGCAGUCGCCUCCACGACUCGUGCUGGUCUUGGACAGACGUACGGAAUCAGCAUGGGCGGCGACGUGCUCGCUGGGACGAAUUUUGUCGAAGCGUUCAAGAUCUUGGCCGAGGACGAGAAGACCGAAGGUAUCAUCAUGAUCGGUGAAGUCGGCGGAAGUGCAGAACUGCGAGCGGCUGAAUGGAUCAAAGAGUAUAACAGAAAGACUGCCAACCCGAAGCCGUUCAUGUCUGUUAUUGGUGGCGUUCAAGCCCCCGCAGGUCGCAUAAUGGGUCAUGCCGGUGCAUGGGCUGCUCCCGGGGAGGCCAGUGCCGCCCAGAAGAUCAAGAUUUUGCAGGAUGUAGGAGUUACUGUUGUCGACCACCCGGAGAAACUAGGAGAGGGCAUGAAGCGACUAUUAGCAGAGCGUGCAAGGACAUCAACGGCCUCAGGCAUAGGCUCAUCACAACAGCGGAGAGGCUAUCACACGAUCCGCCGUCGACCUGCAACGCAAGCAUUGAAGAAACCCGUCGGCGAACAGCGGCGCACUCUGUACAUCAAGAAAGGACAAGCAUUUGACAUGCUCAGGGAGAGAGGCAUCAAGGUCGUGGACACUCCUGCAGCAAAUGGCGAGAAGUUCCUUGCCAUCUCCAUAGAUCGCGAAGCACGACAGCCUUGCAUAAUUGCAUCGCCUACGACAGACCCCCAUCGAGCAUUUGAGCAAUCCAAGAGAUUCCCGUUUGGCUACGGCACCGGUGAGGCGACGUCCGAGGCGACGCUCGAGGACAUCGCGUCGCACUUGGCCAUCCCAAGCAACGGAAAGGAAGGACUGGCCAAGCUGAUCCGCGAGUUGGUCGAUCUGUACAUGUCUAAAGAAGCCUUCGUACUACAGACCAAGUUUGCCGUGGGCAAUCAAGGAGAGCUACAGGUGCAAGGUGCCAAGUUUGGCUUUGACGACGCCGCAUUCCGUAGCUCCAAGCGACAAGCAGACGUCCACGCCCUGCGAGACACUGAUAGCGAGGUGAAGGAAGAAGUUGAGGCGGAGAAAGAUGGGAUGAUCUACGUCAAACUCGAAGGGGAGGGUUCGAUCGGGACCAUUGUCAAUGGCGCUGGACUCGCCAUGAAUACCGUUGAUGCGCUGGUGGCGCGAGGUGGAUCUCCUGCGAAUUUUAUGGACACGGGAGGUAAAGCAACGUCUGAAACCAUCAAGGCCGGGUUCAGAAUCGUGUCGUCUGAUCCAAGGGUCAAAGUCAUCUUUGUCAACAUCUUUGGUGGAUUGACUCUUGGAGACAUGAUAGCAAAUGGUAUUCUAAUGGCGUUCAAGGAUCUGGACCUCAAGGUCCCGGUAGUUGUGCGCAUCCGGGGAACAAGGGAGGCUGAAGGACAGAAACUCAUCCAGGAAAGCGGGCUAAAGCUGGAUGCUUUUGAUUCUUUCGAGGAGGCUGCAGCACGAGUGAUUUCGAUAGCCAAAGGAACCGCGACUAUGGAAUAG